AUGCAGUGUUAUACCGAACUCAUCCCGCCCUCUGGGGUCACUGCUGCUUUAUCCCUCCCAUUCACCUCCUCUGGGGCCAGUAAUUUGGUAGUAGCGCGUACGUCACUGCUCCAGAUCUUCAGGGUCGAGUAUGUCAACAAUGGGCAAGACGCCAAGCUCAUUCUCAUCGCCGAGUACAACCUUGCGGGAACGGUCACUUCCCUGGGCAGAGUCAAGCCACAGUCAUCGAAAAGUGGUGGCAAUGCAGUUCUCAUUGCCCUUCGAGAUGCUAAAUUGAGCUUGAUAGAAUGGGAUCCUGCUCUGCAUAGCAUAGCUACCACGUCCAUUCAUUACUAUGAGCAAGAUGACCUGCAAGCUGCCCCUUGGCAGCCUGAGCUAUCUGACUGUUUUAGCCGUCUCACAAUUGACCCUAGUAGUAGAUGCGCCGCAUUCAAUUUUGGCGUCAAUCAUCUCGCGAUCAUUCCGUUGUCCCACACAAGCGACGACCUGGCUAUGGAAGGCGAUUUUGAUACUGCGGAGAACGGGGAUGCAACGAACGGGCAAUCGCCAACUAAAACGUCCGGCGGCCCUGGUGGUUCUCAUGACGUUUCGAACCAUCCUUCUUUUGUCCUCCCUACUACUGCCCUCGAUCCUGGCCUUCUCCAUCCUGUUGACAUCGCUUUCCUUUACGAAUAUCGAGAUCCAACAAUCGGGAUACUGUAUUCAACCGCCGCCCGCUCCUCAAACAUGGCUCCUGAACGAAAGGAUGUUACUAUUUAUGCUGUAUAUGCCUUGGAUUUGGAACAGAAGGCAUCCACUUCUCUUCAAUCGGUUCAAAGACUUCCAAAUGAUCUCUAUCGGAUCAUACCACUUCCCUUACCGGUCGGGGGGGCGCUAUUGGUUGGAAGCAAUGAGCUCAUCCAUAUUGAUCAAGGUGGCAAAUCUAGUGCUAUCGCACUCAAUGAAUUUGCGAGAGAGUGCUCAGCAUUCUCAAUGGCAGAUCACUCAGAAUCUCGGGUCAAGUUAGAGGGGUGUCAAAUCGAGCGUCUGAGCAAUGUCAACGGAGACAUGCUAAUCAUUUUGCAAAGCGGGGAGACCGCUAUUCUGUCCUUUCGAAUGGAUGGCCGCUCCUUAUCCGGCAUGUCACUCCGGCGAACAAAUGAAGGCAGUUCUGCGGAGUUCUCAUUGGGAGCUGCCACGUGUACUGCACAUCUUGACCAGGGCUAUGUCUUUGUGGGAAGCGAAGAGUUAGACUCUAUGGUACUAGCGGCAGGAAAACGGCCCAUCCAGCUCAAGCGAAUGACAUCUCGGGCACAACUCCACGCCAAUGGUACUGGCAUGGACCAGGACGAUGAGAAUGAUCAGUCAGAAGACGACGACGACGACCUCUAUGGUGGCAAUUUGCAUGGUCUGGACGGGGGCGCUACUGGGGAGGCCGGGGCUUCAAGCACUGAUCAUCUCCGAGUGACUGACCGUCUUCCCUCCAUUGCCCCAAUCAGUGAUCUUGCGUUCGGGGGCCUCGGAAAGCGUAAACGUGAAGAUUUGCUUGGCCUUGAAAGCUACGAUCGAGAUGAGGUUGAGCUAACUAUCGCUUAUGGCCGAGGCAGAUCAGGCGGUGUCGCUUUUGUUUCAAGAAGACUCGAACCAAAUAUAGUUAAGCGAAUCAAGGUCAACGACAUGACCGGCAUUUGGUGCUUCAGCUCCAUGGCAACCCCUCCAAACGAAGUUUGGGGUGAAAGAAACGCAUUGGUCGACGACCUCGUUAUUGUCUCUCAGACAAUGGAUGAUGGUGUGGGCAAAUCCUCACUUUUGCUCUUAAUUGACGGAGAAUUUCAGCCACGCGGAGCCUCCGAGUUUGAUGGCUCUGCAGGACCAACCAUUGGUGUUGGAAAGCUUGAAGGGACAAAUCAUACCGUUCAAGCCCUUCCAACGGAGAUCCGGGUGUACGACGCAGAUUUUGGCCUUUCUCAGAUCUUUCCGAUAGUCGACGAAGAUGAAGGUCAAGUUGCAAAAGUCGUCAGAUGCAGCUUUGCCGGUCCCUAUGUCGUUGCUCUCAAGGACGACGGGAAAGUAACGUUGCUUAAGGCAGAUAAAGCGGGUGAACUGGACGAGGUCGAGCUUCCGAGCCACUUGUCCUCUAAAUGGAUAGUAUCCAUCACACUGUACGAGGACUACACAGAUUUCUUCCAGACAUCAAGAUUUUACCCGGAUUCUUCUUCGAGACACCUUUUGAGUAUCUUGACCUCGGAAGGCCACUUCAAUCUCCUUUCAUUACCAAAAAUGACCUUUGAGGUAUUUCAAUGCGAAAGUCUACCGUAUCUACCAACAUUCCUAGUGCAAGACCUGCAGAUACCCAAGCAUUGGAGGAACCAGGACGAGAUUGCGGAGAUACUGUUGGCUGAUCUUGGAGACCAGACAGAGCGCCGCCCAUAUCUCUUAGUGCGGAAUACCACGGGAGAUAUAAUCCUCUAUGAGCCUUUUGCUGUACCAGAUGUGACUGGAAGCUUCAAGUUCAAGAAGGUGGCAACAGAAACAAUCGCAAACUUCGAGGAUCAGUACAAUCCAGAAGGCGAGAGUCUGCUUAGACCUCCCAUGCAGGCUAUCAGCAAUACGCUUGGCUAUGCGUGGGUGUUUGUCCCAGGCUCGACAUCUGCAGUGGUCCUUAGGCAUGCUUCAACCGCUCCACGUGUCUAUGAGCUGAAGUCGCAGGGCAUACGAUCCAUUUGCAAUGUAAGGUCUAAUGAACCAACUGACCGCUUCAUUCUCGUGGGCGAAAACGAUGAAGUCUGCUUUGCUGAGUUCCCCUCGAACUGCGUCAUCGGGUUGUCCUCCUGGUCGAUCAAGCGAAUCCCCCUUGGGCAAGAUGUUGCCUCGGUAUCCUACUUCAUGCCAACAGAUUCAUAUAUUUUGGGAACCAACUAUACUGCCGAUUUUCAACUACCUCAAGAUGAUGAGUGGCACCCGGACUGGCGAAAUGAAGGGACAAAUUUUCUACCUACCGCGCUCCAGAGUUCUCUCAAGCUUUUCAGCCCUUCUACACAUUCGGUAAUCAGCCAGUAUUAUUUUGACGUAUCUGAACGCAUUUUGUGCGUCAAGUGUCUUAACUUGGAAAUCUCAGAGGAGACACAUGAACGAAAGGACUUGAUUGUGGUGGGCACAGCUAUUGUUAAGGGUGAAAAUGUGACUACGAGAGGGAACCUCUACAUUUUCGAUGUUGUUGAUGUGGUCCCAGAACCUGACGUACCUGAGACAGACCUCAAAUUGAAGAUGAUCGCCAAAGAAGAUGUGCGUGGCGCUGUCUCUGCUAUCUCUGAUGUUGGUUCCCAAGGCUUUGUGCUUGCUGCACAGGGUCAAAAGUGUAUGGUUAGGGGUUUGAAGGAAGAUAUGUCGAUCCUGCCCGUGGCAUUCUUGGAUAUGCGAUACUACGUCCAAGUAGCCAAAGAACUGCAUGGGACGGGGUUGUGCAUUCUCGGUGAUGCAUUCUCUGGUCUGUGGUUGGUAGGGUACGCCGAAGAGCCCUAUAAGCUACAGAUUCUUGGCCGCGACUUCGAAAACCCGGAAGUCAUCGCAGCGGAAUUCCUCCCUGAUGGGAAAUCACUUUACAUAAUCUCUUCCGACGUCGACGGGCAGCUGAGGGUGCUACAAUAUGACCCAGAGGAUCCGAAGACUGAGCGUGGCAGCAGCCUUCUUCUUCGGAGUACUUUCAACAUUGGUGCAAGUCCUACAACCAUGACUCUCAUGCCACAGAAAACAGUCGCCAGUGCUCGACGAUCCUCCAAUGCCUCUGCGGACACGACUAAUGACUCCCAAACAAACUCGCAACAACAAAUACUCAUCACCACACAGUCUGGAUCGCUCUGCAUGCUUACACCCGUCCCCGAAGCAACCUACCGUCGUCUAUCCACGCUGCAAAACAUUCUCCUUACGACACUAGACUUCCAACCAUGUAGCUUAAACCCACGAGCAUACCGCCAGGUCGAAACGGAUGGGAUUGGAGGAAGGGGCAUCAUUGAUGGCAACUUGGUCAGGAGAUGGUGGGAGAUGAGCACGCAACAACGAGCUGCAAGCGCAGACAAGGCUGGAGGAAGCAUAUGGGAGGUCCGAGGAGAUCUCGAGUUGAUCAAAGGUGGUGAUUUAGCACUGUAG